CAAGAACCAUCAACCUUAUUGCCGAACACUUCUCCCGUCUUCGGGCAUGACAACCCAACGCAGGACUCUAUCCCGGCCCAAUAUUGCAAAUUUCCCCGCACCCUCCCACAUACCGGACCACAUCCACGUCGUUUCUGCUAGUCGACGUGCGAUCAAUUCCCGACCAAACACUCAACCAUCCCUGUUCGACUUUGUUUCCCCACGAUUUCCCCGCGAUAGUACCGCCGAAAAACCGCCAGCAUGGUCCCCCGCACCGUUGGGAUGCGACGUACUGCAUGGGUUCCCCGUAGCCUACAACUGACUAGCUUUACCCAAGUGGCCGGCGUUGCGCCCUCAAUGAUCUCAUUUUAUUGCCCUUUCGCAGUGGAUGACGGGUUCCGGCGGUGGGCCGCUGUCGUGUUCGUGGUCAUGGGAAC